UAAGGGUCAACCCGAAUAAUAGCACGAACCGUAUCCACCUUUUAUCUUCUUUCGUGUUCUUCCCCAAAUUUUUCUACGUAAUCCAUAUCUCGAUUUCGUUUUUUCUGGGAUAUUUUUUUUCUUCCAAUUAAUCUAUAGAUUCAUCUAAUUCACGUCUCCCUCUUUCGAUUGAUACCAGUUAUUUAUAUAUUUCGUCUCUCAAGAAAGAUCUAGGGUUAGGGUUGUCGAUCUCCUCACACGUCGUACAAUUUCUCGAUCCAUCGUUUUCUUUUGCUAUUGAAUCGAUUUUCAUCAACACCUCUUUUUAAUUUUGAUGUCAAUUUCACCUUUUUGGUCCCCAAUUGAGAUCUAGGGUUCUUAUUUUCCGAUCUAUCCCAGGUCUUGCCAGAUCUGUAAAUUAUCAAAGGGCUUUCUAUUGAUUCGUAUGUAUUUGGUCAAUUCUUAUCUAUUCCACUCUUGAUUUGGUUGAUUUUUGGGUAGGCCGGAAUCUAGGGUUAGGGUUUUCUUCUAAUUUGGGGAUUUUUUUUUUCUAGCUUAAGCUUCUGAACGGUUAAGAUUCUUUAUACUCUCUGGUUCUUCCGGUGAACGUUUUUAGUUUGGUGUGAAGUUUGCUUGAACUAUCCCUUUUACAGAGGUUGGAAAUGGGAUUCAAACGCCCUUUAGAUGACACCAAGUUUCUUGAGCUCCCGUUUAAACAUUCUAGACAGCUUGGCUUUAGUGACAAGUCAACGCAGUUUGAAGAAACUACUCCACGCCAUGCUGCUGUUUUGCAGAAACCUCUUGCCACGGUGGACGAAGGAGAUCUUUUGAAACACGAAGGAGGUGAAAAGACCUUUGAUGAAGAGUCAGGUUUUGUUUACCCGGGUCUUGACAUGGAAGGCUGUUUUGAUCGGGUCAUAGAAGAUUACCACGGCGAAGAUGCAAGUCACUCUCCUCAUUCUUCAGAGUAUUUUGAGCUCGGUCUUGUACCUCCAAGAAUGUUUGCUCCUGUUGAGUCCUUCUAUUCUUUCCUCUUGGAUCAACCUGCUAGAAAGCAAGUGCCCAUUGGACCAGAUCAUCAAGCCAUGAUUCCUGAAUGGGAAGGUAGUCUGAAUGGGAACCUAGAACCGUUAGGCACUGGUACUUGUGUUAUUCCCAUGCCGGCACAGAAUAUGGAUGACAUAGCAGGGAAAGGUAGAGAGUUGUGUGUCUGCCAGGACAAGGAUUCUAUAAGGUGUGUGCGCCAGCACGUCAAAGAAGCUAGAGAAGCAGUGGUUAAGGUGCUUGGAUGUGAGAAAUUCAGAGACCUAGGCUUCUGUGAUAUGGGAGAAGAGGUUGCGCAGAGCUGGAGCGAUGAAGAUGCGUUACUUUUUCAUGAGGUUGUUUAUUCCAAUCCUGUGACGUUAGGUCGGAACUUUUGGAAGCACUUGGAAGCUGCGUUUUUGUCCCGAACCAACCAAGAGAUUGUUAGCUACUACUUUAACGUUUUUGUUCUUAGAAGAAGGGCCACCCAGAAUAGGUCCAUGAUAUUGGACAUUGAUAGUGACGAUGAUGAAUGGCAUGGAGGAUAUGGAGGACGACCUUUGGGUACUCAAUAUGUCGAAGAAGAUGACUCUGCUGUCGAAUCUCCUCUUCAUGAAGGGACUGAAAAAUUCAAUGAGAGAGUGCAUCCACUCCAUCAAGAAGAAGGUGAAGAAGAUGCCAGUAUUAGUGACAAUGAUGAAGAUGAUACCAGACUGUGUGAUGAGCACAAGAUGGAUGCAACAAAUGAACAUAUGAGUAUGUUUUCCGGGUGCAAUGAGGAGAGAUUCAACGUGGAAGAUGACUCAUACACGACCUUUGAGCUUCCACAUGAUGCUGUGAACUCCGGCUGGAAGAACUGUGCAAAUAAAGAAGAGAGUGGUCUUGGAGAUGAACAGAAGAAAGUUGGAGGAGUGUAGGAUCCGAAUGUUUCAAGAAAAUAAUGGCAAAGGUCUUCAACGAACCGGGAGCAUCAUGGAUGACAUAUAUUUGGCUAUGGAUCCUCAUGGGAAAACAAGGCAAGAAACAAGUGAGGAAGCAACAUCACGUUUCGACAACUUGCAGAAUGCUAGGUGGGGUUAUGGGGUCCUCCAAAUGUUCCUAUUAAAAAGUGUAGAGAGUUUAUAAGAAUAUGAAUUUGGUCAUGUGGAACCCUUGUGAAUGGGGCUGUUGUUUCACUUUUCUUGGGACCCUCUUUCUCAAUAUUCUUUACCUAGAAAAUUGUCAGAAUCUCUCUGAUUUGCAUUUAGGAUCUUAUUUUAUUUUGUAUGAUUAAAGAGGAAAACAUAUAAAGAGAGAAAACAAAUGAAACGAUUUUGGGU